UCAGAAAAUAUUAUAUAAAAAGAACAAAUGAAUAAUGAAAAAAAAUAAUAAUAAUAACAUAAAAAUGUAAAACAAAAGAAUUAAUAAUAAACGAAAAAAAAAAAAAAACAGAAAACAAAAUAGUAAAGGGAUAUAAAAUAAAAUUAUACAUACAUACAUAUUUUAAAAGGAUACCUACGGAGAAAUAAAAUAAAAAUUGUAGGAAAAAAAUACCAAAAAAAAAAAAUUGAAUUUUUGUAUACACGCACACACACUUAUAUACGUAUCCGAAAAAUUCAUACUCGCACAUAAUUAUAUCUUUGGAUACGUACAUACAUAUAUAUAAGAAUUGCUGAUGCAUAUAUGUACGUAUACCUAAUAUAAUAUAUUUAUAUAUAAGCAUAUUUCAACUGAUAUACGUACACAAUAUAUUGAUAAUGCUAUAUAGAAAAAUGGAAUAAAUAACGGUAUACGAAUAAAACUUUGACAGGAAUAUUAAUUUAUAUUUCAAUCUAAGUUUUGACAUUAUCCAAAGGAAAACAUUGAAGAAAUAAUUUGUCCGUGAAAAUGUUUAAGUUUUUUGAAAUAACAUAAUAAUAACAUGAAUAAUAACAAAAUAAAUAAAUAAAAUAAUUUAAUUAACCUGAAAAAAUACUCAAAAACCCAAAAUAAUAUUAAAGAAAAGUUAAAAAAAAUAUUGAUAUUUAUUAAAAGUGAUACUGUGACAUUGUUUAAUUAUAAAGAAAAGAAAAAACAAAAACGGGCUCGUAUUUUAUUUAAAAAAAAAAAUUGUUUAUUCAAAAGAAAAACAAAAAAAGGAUAAAAUAACAAAUAAGAAAAAAGAAAAAUAUAGAGUGAAAUAGUGAAAUAAAAAGAAUUGUCCCCUUUUUUUAUUUUUACUGCAUAGUAAUAUUCAAAAUGGCGGCUAAAACAAUAAGAAAUUUUUUUGACAGCACAAAUAAAAAUACUCAAAAUAAAAGUCAAAAUAAUAUUAACAUCCAAAAUGAUAUUACUGCUACUGAAAAUGAAAAUGUUCAAGAAAAUUUCAAUGAAAUGAUUAAUAAAAAUCAUUUAAAUUGCAUAUCUAAUAUAAUAAAUAAGAAUGAAAAUAAUAAUAGUAAUGAAAAUAUUCGUGAUAAGAUUGAUGAUGUUAAAAAUUAUAAUAAUCAACAAUUAAAUAAUAUUUUAAUUGAUCGAAAAAAUGCUAAUCAAUUUAAAAAUAGGAAUUGUCUAAAUAAUAUGGAUUUAUAUAAAUUAAAACAGCCACCAUCACUCCCAUUAAUUAUAAAUAAAACACCAUCGAUUGCAACAAUAAUUAAAACAACAACAACAAAUACCACAUCAACGAUACCAGCAACACCAAUAUAUAAAAUAAAUCAAGUCAAUAAUGAUAUUAAUAUAAAUAGAAAUAAUAAUAAAAAUAAAUAUAAUAAUGAUACUAGUGAAAUAAUAGAAAAUGAUGAUAUUCUAAAUAAAAAUUUCAUUGAAACUAAAUUUAAACAUAAAAAAUCUACUGAAAGUAUUAUGUUGCAUGCUUCAUAUAAAACUAUCGAAAAUAUUAAUAUAAAUAAUAAUAAUUAUAAUAAUAACAAUAAUAAUAAUUAUAAUAAUAAUAGUAAUAAUUGUUUUAGUAAAAUGAAUGAUUUCAUUAUGAUGAAAAAAUUUAUUAAUUCACCAUCAUUUAGAUCUUAUAUCCUAAAUAAUUAUAGCAAUAUUAAAAAUUAUUAUUAUAAAUGUAAAAAUAGUUAUUAUAAUUUCAUGAAUAAAUUAAAUAUAAAUAAUAAUUAUAAUAAGUAUAUUAAUUAUAAUUCAAAUAAUAUUAAUGGUAAUAAUAAUAAAAAUAAUGAGAAAAAUGAUGAUAACAUACAAUAUUAUAAUAAUAAAAAUAAUAAAUUGAAUAAAAAUCUCCUAUAUAAAUAUUAUAUAAUUAUAAUGUAUUUAAUGUUAUCGAUAACUGUUAGAAUAUGUGAUGGUUUUCAAUUGGACGGUUCACAAAAUUCAUUUGCCCAAUUUCGUAAAUGGUAUACGGGUUUAAAUGGUUCAUUGGAAUUAGAAUUUAAAACUGAACAACCAAAUGGUUUAGUAUUAUAUACUGAUGAUGGUGGAACAUUUGAUUUUUUCGAAUUAAAAUUAGUUGAAGGCGCAUUACGUUUACGUUAUAAUUUAGGUGGUGGUGCCCAAAUAAUAACUGUUGGACGUGAAUUAUAUGAUGGUCAUUGGCAUAAAGUUCAAGUGCUACGAAAUGAUGAAACUACAACACUUAUUGUUGAUGGCGUGACACAAAGUCGAACAUCAAGAGGUAAAGAAUUUCAAUUUGGUAAAUUUGCUACAAAUUCGGACGUAUUUGUUGGAGGAAUGCCAACAUGGUAUAACACAAAGUUGGCUCUUUUGGCAUUACCAAGUGUAAUAUUUGAACCACGAUUUCGUGGUUCCAUACGUAAUUUAGUUUAUUCAGAUUCACCUGGUUCAGUACCAAGGAGACAAGAAAUGAAACAGCCUCGAGAUAUUAAGUGUGGUGAUGGUCCUUGCGAUAAUUCUGAACUCCCUCGAGAAAAACUACCAAGGGGCUUACGUGGUAACAUGACAGAUGCUUGUGAAAGACACGAUCCGUGUCAACAUGGUGGUAUUUGCAUAUCAACUGAUUCCGGUCCUUUAUGUGAAUGUCGAAAUUUAGAAUAUGAAGGACCUUAUUGUGAGAAAGAUAAAGCACCAUCCGAAGCGACAUUUCGUGGAACAGAAUUUUUAUCAUACGAUUUAGGGCAAACUGGAGCUGAACCAAUAGUUAGUGCACAAGAUGCAAUUACAUUAUAUUUUCGAACAAGGCAACCAAACGGAUUAUUAUUUUACACAGGUCAUGGAUCAGACUACCUCAAUUUAGCUCUUCGUGAUGGUGGUGUAUCACUCACAAUGGGUUUAGCGAAUGGUAAACAGGAAAUGCAUAUAAAACCAUCAAAAGUACGCUUUGAUGAUCAUCAAUGGCACAAAGUUACAGUACAUCGGCGAAUACAGGAAAUAUCAUCAAUCACCAGCUUUUGUCGGUUGGUAACUGUUGUAGAUGAUGUUUAUACAGAUCAUUCACAUAUUGCUGGAAAAUUUACAAUGUUAUCAUCAUCACGAGUUUAUGUUGGUGGUGCUGUUAAUCCAAGAGCUUUACUGGGUGCACGUGUUCAUAACAAUUUUGUUGGUUGUUUAAGAAAAGUUGAAUUCUCUGCAGAUACAUUGCGUUUAAAUCUGAUUGACCUCGCACGAAGUGGUUCAAAGUUAAUACAAAUAGCUGGACGUAUUGAAUAUCAAUGCCCGAGUGGUGAUCCACAGGAUCCAGUAACAUUUACAACAAGAGAUUCCCAUUUGAGAUUUUCAUUGAAAGGUAACAUAAAAUUGUGUACAAAAGACAGUAAAUUAAAGGUUCUUCCGCCAUGGGAAACAGGAAAACAAAGUUCAGUAGCAUUUAAAUUCCGAACUAAAGAACCAAAUGGUUUAAUAUUGUUGACAACUGGUUCACGACCACCACGAGCUAAAAAUCCUGUUUUAUUUGCUGUUGAAUUAUUAAACGGCCAUAUUUAUAUACAUUUGGAUUUGGGUUCCGGUGCUGUUAAAGUACGCGCCUCGAGACGUCGUGUAGAUGAUGGUGAUUGGCAUGAUUUAAAUUUGCGACGAAGUGGGCGUGAUGGUAAAGUAAGUGUUGAUGGUGUAUGGAAUGAAUUUCGUACACCAGGUGAUGCAACAAUGCUUGAAUUAGAUGGUCAAAUGUAUGUUGGGGGUACUGGAGCUUCAUAUUCAAAUAUUAAUUGGCCGUCAGCUAUUUGGACAGCAACAUUACGUCAAGGUUUUGUUGGUUGUUUAAGAGACUUACAACUAAGUAAUAAAGCUGUUGAUAUUGCUGCGUAUGCAAGAGCGCAGGAUUCUGCUGCUGUAAAACCUUCUUGUCAUGUUCAAUCAAACUUAUGUAAUGCAAAUCAAAGCCCAUGUAUGAACGGUGGAAUUUGUACUGAAGGAUGGAAUCGCGCCAUAUGCGAUUGUUCAGCAACAUUAUAUACAGGACCAACGUGCGGACGCGAAUCUGCUACAUUAGCAUUUAAUGGAUCACAACAUAUGACAAUAUGGUUAGGUAAUGGGCAAGGAUCAAAAACGCAAACAGAAGAGCUAGUAUUACGAUUUAAAACAGCCCGGCCAGCUGGUUUACUUUUGAUAACUAGUGCCGAAUCAAAUUCUCCAGAUCGUUUAGAAAUCGGUUUAGUAGCUGGUCGAAUAAGGGCUAGUGUAAGAUUAGCAGAUCGUGAAAAGAAUUUACUAGCUGGUCAAACUGUAUUAAAUGACAACAAUUGGCACACAAUUCGUUUUUCAAGGAGAGCCUCUAAUUUGAGGCUACAAGUCGACGGGGCUCCUCCCGUCAGGGGUAUGUUAUCGGAAACGAUAUUGGGACGUCACAGUACAAUGGAAAUUCGUUCAAUACACCUGGGUGGCUUAUUUCAUGCAGAAGAAGAAAUUCAAAUGACAUCAACAAUGUCAAAUUUUGUUGGUCAAAUGCAGGGAUUCGUUUACAAUGGUCAUCGAUAUAUUGAUAUUGUUAAAAGUCUUGGUCCAGAACUAUCAACACUGCCGUCAACAACGUUCAAGUUAACAGCACGUUUCGUGAAUUCACCGCCAGGUAAUCCAUAUCAUCAAGCAACAUUCCGUUCCAAACACUCUUAUGUUGGUUUACCAAUACUAAAAGCAUAUCAAGCAAUGUUCAUAGAUUUUCGUUUUAAAACGGUAGAGGCAAAUGGAUUAUUAUUGUAUAAUGGUGGUAGAAGAAACGAUUUUGUUUGUAUUGAACUUGUGAACGGUCAUAUUCAUUAUACAUUUGAUAUGGGUGAUGGACCAAUAACAAUGCGUGAUAAAUCAAGGAUUCAUAUGAAUGACAAUAGAUGGCAUUCAAUAAGUAUUCGUAGGCCUGGACCAAAAACGCAUACAUUGGCUGUCGAUGAUACUUUAGAAAUAUUAACAGUACCUGGAAAUAAUUUACAUCUAGAAUUAGCUGGAAUUUUAUAUAUUGGUGGUGUAUUUAAAGAUAUGUACGCAAAACUGCCAGCUGCAAUAGCAUCUAGAUCUGGUUUUGAAGGUUGUUUAGCAUCAUUAGAUCUUGGUGAUACUUCACCAUCAUUGACUAGUGAAGCAGUUGUACCAAGUUCACUAGUUGUAUCUGGUUGCGAAGGACCAACAAAAUGUAGUCAAAAUGCUUGUGCUAAUCGUGGUAUAUGUGUUCAGCAAUGGAAUGCGUAUGCUUGUGAAUGUGAUAUGACAUCAUAUACUGGACCAACAUGUUAUGACGAAUCUAUUGCAUACGAAUUCGGGCCCGGUAAAGGAAUAAUACAAUACACAUUUCCUGCUGGAAAACAACCAGAUACUGAAGAAGAUAAUAUUGCUUUAGGAUUUAUAACAACAAAAUCAGAUGCAGUACUUCUAAGAAUUGAAAGUGGAAAUUCUCAAGAUUAUAUGGAAUUAGAAAUAGUUGAAGGGAAUAUAUUUAUGGUAUAUAAUAUUGGAACACAUGAUUUGCCAUUAGGUGAAAUCGGUACAAAAGUUAAUGACAAUAAUUAUCAUGUUGUGAGAUUUAUGCGUUCUGGUGGAAACGCAACUUUACAAUUAGAUGAUUAUAAUGUACAAAAUGUUUACCCUCAAGGUCAUCCGUCUACAUCUUUUAAUGCAAUGUCAAAUGUUCAAGUUGGUGGAAAAUUCAGUCGUCAAGGACGUUAUCGUAUUGAAAGGCCAUUUGUUGGUGUUAUUGCUGGUCUAUCAAUUAACAAAUUAAGAGUUUUGGAUUUAGCAGCUGAAAGGGAUCCACAUAUAACUACACGUGGAGAUGUUCAAUUGGUAACUGGAGUAUUAGAUAGAUAUGAUCAGCAAAGAAUGCAGCAGACGCCUGCAAGUGGCUAUUCUGGUGUUAUGGAUGAUUUAAUAUUUUCUGGUGCCGGAUCUGGUUGCCGUGGUGAUGACGAAGACGAAUGUACACCACCAUUUGAAUCGGGUAGUGGUGAUGAUUUAAUAACACCAGUAUAUGUUCCACCAACAAAAACACCAACUGGUCAAAAAAGUGGAGCCGGUGAGAAAAAUGCAGGCGAAAGUGGUGGUACUGAACGUACGUGUGACGAUGAAGAUUGCUUACACGGUUCUGGUGAUUCUGGUGAAACAACUGAACAAUUUACAUCAACAACAUCUAAAGGAGCAGAUACGAGUAUAAGCUCUACUAUAACUACAGAUUCUGUAACUACUACUGUAAUUGAUAUAACUACUACUACUACUACUACUACUAAUUCUACUAGUACAGAUAGUAGCGAAACUUCUUUUAUGAAUAUUACAAAUUCUUCUAGUAUUCUUCUUUCUUCUUCUUCUAGUACUACCACUUCUAGUACAACAACUACUGCCUAUGCAGGUUUAUUAAUACUAAUUACACUUAAUAUUAUUGAUAAUAUUAUUAAAAAGUUAUAGAAACAAAUUUAUAAGUAUUAAAAAUUUUUAAAUAUAUUUUUAUUAUAAAAUUUGUUAAAUUAUUCUCUUGUUGCAGAACUACCUAUAUAUAUAGCUACAUAAUACAAAAUAUAUAUAAUUAUUUUAAUUAUUUUUAAUAUUAAAUAAAAAAUUUUAUUAUUAUAAUGAUAAAAUUAUUUAAAAAAUAAAAUACAAAUUCAAUUUUACUGCGAUCUUUUAUUGAAAUGAAUUUCUUUUUGAAGCUACUUACUUUAUGUAGAGAUUAAAAAAAAAAAAAACAAAAGUAAUAACAAAAAAAACAAUCAGAAUAGGUAAUUAUACAAUUCAGUUCAAUUCUAAUUAUUAAUAGUAUUAUAUAAAUUUCAUUAUUUUUCAUAUUUUAAAAUUUUAUGCUAAUUUAUUGGUAGUAUUUAGUUGAAUUUCGAUACAUUUAAAAUUAUAUAAAUAGUAUAUAGUACGUAAAAUUUGUUGUCUAUAAAUAUAUUACAAAAUAGUAGUCUAUGAAAUCCAAAAUGUGGCGGUAAACAAAAGUGUGGUAUGGUUUUCAAACAGUUUCAUUACCUCAGUUUCAUUCCUUAUUUAUAAAGGAAACGAAACAUAAAAUUUAAAUUUAUGUUAUAAAAAAUUUUGAAUGACCGUCACAAAUUAGGGUCGUCCCUCAAAAAAUUGAUAAUUUACACUGAACUUUUACUAUGGCUAAAACUAUAGCUACUGUAAUAACUUUUCUGAUUACCCAACUUUACUACUGCGCUACCACAUUAAGUGUUGAAUUCUAGAAAAUAACAUUAUACUACUAUCAAUUAGAGAAUAAUCGCGUUCAUAUGAUAAACAUAAUAUUAUAACAUAAAUGAUAAUAAAGGUGAUGUUAUAAAAACAUUUCAGAAUGUUGUAAAAUCGGACGAGACUGUAAAUGUAAUAAUCAACAUUUAUUUAUUUUAAUUGCAAACCUAAUUUCAUAUAAACGACAGAAUUAUGUUUCGAAAAUUUGCGGUACAUAGAUCUGAUCGUACUCCAAAGUUAUAUUUCCCGAACGGGAAGAAAUUGAGAGUGUAUCACACAUUCUUAUAACGCAAUUUUUAAUUGAAAGUCAAUUUUUAGUUGAAAGAAUUUUGUUCGUGUUUCGAAUCUUGUUUUUUUCUAAAAUCUAUAUAAAAAUUUAGUCACGAUUCAUAAAAAGCUUCUUUUAAAUGUUCAGUCGAUAUUUUGGGAAAGAGCUCCAAAAUUAAUAGAAAAAUAGUUAUUGAAAAAUGACAAUAUAAAUUAUUUAAAAGUGAAUGAAAAUCAAGAUACACAAAUAGACUGCAAAUUUCGUGUCAUUGUUUGCGUUUUUCUAAGAGUUUGAACACAAUUCUUGUAAUAAUGUUCUAUUUUUGUUUGCUAUUCUAAGAGUUCCUGUUUAAUUGAUUUAAUAAUUAUUUUUAUCGUAUUUGUUUCCGAAAUAGGACAAAAAUAAUUGCCAUUUCUAACGAAUUUUCUUAAUUUUUAAAAAUUAAUUUUAAUAAAUAAUAAAUUCAAAUUUGUUAAAGUAAUAAAUACUUGAUGCUCUCCUUAAUACUUUUACAGACAUAAUUCAUUUUGGAAUAUAUUUAGGAAUUUGUUUAGAAUUUGAUCAGACAAUUUUAUUAAAUACUGUUUUAAUAACCUUUUCAUAAUUCCUAAAAAAUAAGAUUAAAUAUUUACUAGAACUAUUUAUUAUGUACUUACAAUCAAGAUCUUACAACAUAAAUGCAUUUUGUCUCAAAGGACCUUUUUUUAAAAAUUUCAAAUUUUACUUUUGAUAAGAAUAGUAAUAAUUUCAUAGUUUUUUACUUUUUUUUAUAAAUUUUAAAUAUUUCUUUUUUUAUUUUCUCUACAAUUUUCAUGCAACGUUUACAUAUCUACGUAUAAACAAAAAACUAACAAGCAUUUAUACGUUCUUACUCGUACAUUUAAAUUCUAAAAUCGUUUUUCUAAUUUUUGUCAUUUUCUUAGUUAAUUAAGCCCGUCAAAAUAUUUUUAAAUUUUUUUUUAUAAAACUUUUUGUUUUUGAUAAUCUUCAAAAUUUUAUUAAAAUAUUAGAAAUAGAUACAUUAUAUAAAAAAUCCAAAAUCCAGCACAAACGUUAUUUUUCAAAAACAUUAGAAAAAAAUCAAAAAAAAAAGAAAAUUCUUUUUAAAUUAUAUAAAAUAAUAUUUAAAGAAAUUUACUUAACUGCACCUUUUGAAAAUUCUUUUAUUCAUCUUUAUCAAAUUUUUACAAAAAACCAAAAUAAAAUUACUAAAGAAAGAAAAAAAAGUAAAUUCAUUAUUUAUUUGUUUCUAUACUAAAAUCAUGUGAAUAACCACACUGUAUCCUAAGGUAGCGAAGAACUGAUAUAAAAUAAAUAAUAUUCUAAUCAAAAAAGGUUAAUCAUAAAUUACAUAACACAAUAAUAAAUGUAAUAAAUACCUACUAGUACUAGUUGUUUUCGACUCUAGAAUAAUCAAAUUUUCUUCAGUUAAAUCCUUAACGUACUUGCUCUGUACUUAUUUUCCGUUAUUUCGACAAGGUUAAAUUUAUGUUUUUAGAAUAUUAAACCGUUUUCACAAAGGCAAAAAAUUGUAAAUUGUAUCUUCAGUUUGCUUUUGUAUAUGUAUCGUUAUUCCGUUUUACAUGUUGGAAGAAAUGUAAAAAUUUUUUGAAUCAUUAAAAGUGAAUCUCAAAUUCGUAAAAUCAUAACAGUAAAUUUUGUCGAAAAAUGUAUACCUUUUUAAGUAUAACUUUUCUGGUUUCCAUUCUUUUUUUUCAAUUGAGAAAUUCUUCUGUUUUCUAUAUCUUAACUAUAUAUAUUUAUUCUUUUAUAUAUUACUCGUAUUACAAUUAUACAUAAAAGUAAUUAAAAUAAAUUAACUGCUGCUAACAACUUCGGUAGAGGUAACCCUUUCUGUUAAAUCGAAAAGCAAUUUUUAACUUAAAAGCCUUUCAAUUCAAUUUCAUGAUAAUAUUGUAAUAUAAUUACAUAUUUAUAUACGUUACGUAUGAACAAAUUGAUUAUUCUAGUGACAAAAAAAAGGACGUAAAACUAAACAUAUUAAAAGCCUUUAUUAAUAUAAAAUAUUAGAAAAAAAUCAAGUAUUUUAACCCAGAAUUUAUUUUUAUUUAUGUAGAUAUAAUUUAAAUUUUUUUAUUUAUUUAAUUAAAAAAAAAAACAAUUUUAUAAAAUAAAUUUUUAUUACCUUUCUUUCCCUCUUUCUUUCUCUCACUUACGAAUAUUUUUUAAAAUCAUUUCAUGCUGUCAUAUAAAACGGAUGAGUUUGCAUGUCGCUGUAAAACCUCAAAAUGAGCGACCAAUCUAUAUCUAUUUUGUAUAAAGAACGUUUAGAAUAAAAAUAACUUUAUCUUAAGAAUUGGAACCAGUAGUCAAUAAAAAUAAAAAUAUAUAAAAACAAAAUAUUGGAACAAAAUUAUAAAUUAAAUAUAAUAAAAACCAAAAUGUAUUUAGUAAAAAAAUGUAAAAUAAACAUAAAUUAAAAACCAAUAUUAAAAAAAAAUGUAAACAAUCUUUGGAUGAUAUGGACAAAAUUCGAAUAAAUAUUUUAUUAUAAUAACAUUAACUAAACAUGCAACAUAAACGAAAAAGACCGCGAACACAGCCAUAGACAUAACAUAAUAUAAAACAUAAUUAAUAUUAACAUAUACAUAAAUAAUACAUUCAUUAUAAUAACAUUAAUGCAUUCAUAUACAAUAUGUUUUUUGAAUGAACAGGAACAAGAGAAUUAAAAUUUGUGAAUAAACUAACAACAAAACAAAAAUAUAUAUAAUACGCGAUUGACUGAUGACCGUUUAAUACUCGAAUUAAAAUAUACAAGAAUAUAAAAAAAAUAUGAAUAAAAAAAUUAAAUACUUAGAAAACAAAUUACUAAAUAUUUAAAAGAGCAUAAAAAAUAAAAUCAGUUAUCCAAAAAAAAAAACUAUUUAAGGUUCAAAAACCAAUUUAGCUUAGAAAAAAUAAUUUUUUUUUGUUUUCCAGUUUAUUUUACCUUAAAAUAAAUAAUAAAAUGCAAAAAAAAAAGUGAAAAAUUAAAUUAAACCCAAAAAAAAGAAUAAAUAAAUAAAAAGCUAGUAAUGGUAAAUAAAAUAAAAGGAAUGUAUAGAGAAACUAAUAAAAAUGUUGUUAUAUAAUGAAUUAGAAAUUGUAAAUAUAUGAAAUAAAAAGAAAAACAGAAAAAUAUAUAAGAAAACAGAAUAUGUAUAAGUAUUUCAAGUGUAUUAUAUUUAAUUUAAAUACUAAUAUAUAUAUAUAUAUAUAUAUAUAUAUACAUGACGACUAUAUUGAAAUAAUCAUGUACAUUGAAAAUCUUUUUUCUUUAAUUUAAUAAAAUAAAUUUUAGGCUGUUCUAUUUUAAUAUUUUAAUUUAUUAAAUUCGAAUUAAAUUAUUUCUACUAAUUAUACUAUAAUUAUUAAAACUAUAUAGUAUUUGCAGUAUUUAUUUUAUAUUAAAUUAAACAAUAUUUUAUUUAUUUAUUGAACUUAUAUUUUUAUACAUUUUGGUAUAAUUUAUUAUACCAAAAGUAUUAUAACGUACAUACGCGGUUAUUUUUAAAUAAUAAUCAAAAAACUAUAAAAUCAUAGCAUAUGCAUUAAAAGCUACUGAUAUAAUAUGUCACAAGUAGAAGAAAUGUUAUAUAUUUUUCAAACAAUUUGACCUAUAAAGGAAACGGAAGACCGGAAGCCAAAAACUUAAUAUUUAAGCUUCAUGUUCGCCCAUGAUCUUAAUACAAUUUGUCCUAUUUUUAACAAAAAGCAACUAUUUUUAUAUGUAUGUAUGUAUGUCAUUUUCUUGAAAUUUAUUUGAGUAUUUAUUUAUAUUGAAAAUAUUUAAUGAUUACUAGAUAAGUCUGACUACACAAAAUAUUUUCAAGUUUUUCUUCUAAAAUUGACAAAGUACUUUAUAUAAUUUAAAUACUAAAAAUAAAUAUAAUUUCGAUUAUAGGUUGCAAUCAAAAAUUAUUAUGUAUUAUAAAAAUGUUUUUGAAGCAAUAUUAAUUUUUAUAUAAGAAUCAAAAUGGAAAAAGAUAUGAAAAAAUUUUCGAAAAAUUUAUAUACAACGAAUUUUUUUAAAAUAAAUAACCUUAUCCAAAAUAACGGGAAUUAUUAACAAUUUUAAUUAAAAAUUUAAAGAACGUGCAAAUUAAUAUUUUUUUAAUUUUUUUUUUGUUUUGUCAAAAGAACUAAUUUCUAGAUUUUAUUUCUAUGAUUCUAAAUUUCAUCUCAUUAUUUUUUAUAUAUCUCAAACUUAUUUCGUAUAUUUUAAUUAUGUACAUGAUUACAUAAUAUCAAUUUAUGUAUAUAUAUUGUAUACAAAGCUUAUAUUCACUAUAUUUAUGACAAAAAAAACAUAAAGGAAUCAAUUAGGAAAUGACUA